AGCACAGUGUGCUUUUAUUGUCUAAUUAUCGGUAUGAUAGUUUUUUCUCUCCUGUCUAUUUUGUUACUUGUCUGAGUGUUAGUUGAUGAUUGGAUAAUUAUUUCGUGUUAUUUGUGCAUAUGUGUGUGCUUAUCUUGAUAUUGAUGAUUUAUGAACAAUUAUAUCAUAUAUACACCCAGAUACACGUAUGCACACGAUCAAAUUUACCUUUAAUUAUAAUAUUCUUUGAUUGUAAGAAAAAUAGUUUUCAGUUAAGUUUAUGAGGUCAGUUCUCAUUAAUUCAUUAUAUAUCGUGUCGAAAUCAGUUUUUUUCUUAAAUUGCUCAUGUUAAUUUAUAGGUUAAUGACUUUUUAACCUUAUCGUUAAUACUGUUGUUGUUGUUGUCGUCGUCGUCGUCGUCAGUUUCGUAAUACAUACACAUUGUUAUUAUUAAAAAAAAAACAUGUUAAUUUUGACAAACAAGGCGAGCAUAUUAAUGUGAAAAUCGUUUAGUUAUGGUUGAAAUUUAAAAUUAUUCUGUACAUUAAACAAUAUUCAUAAGAAUAAAAUGAACUCACUAUUUGAGACUCAGUGUACAUCUCAUCAUGUUACAAGCGUCGGGCCAUUAUUGAUUAAUUCUCAUAAGUUGUAGAUGAUCAUUCAACCUGUUUAUUCUUUUUUUUAACGCUCAAAGGAUAUAUCAUCGUCCGCCGGUAGUCAUGUUGUUCAUUCAUUAAAAUCAAAUGUAGAUGGUAAUUCAUUAAAAACUGUAUUGUUAGAUGAAGAUUUGAAUGUUCACUUACAUUCAAAUGUUUUACCUAAUUUGACUCCAGAUUGUACAACAACAACAACACCGUCUACCAUUUUGGUUAAUCCAUCUAGAAUCAACACUUUGUCGUUUAAUACAUCCAGUAAUCCAGUCAACUCUGUUAUGGGUAAUCAACAUGAUACUCAUGUUCCUAUUUCUAAUGAUUCAAUUAAACCACCAAUAAAUGUCAAUAUUGAUAAAACGAGGAACGUUUCCGAUCCUACGCCACCAUGUUUAUCAUCAUCAAAACUGAAAAUGAAUUCAUCACCACCAACAUCUACACUUGCAAUUGAUAGCAACGAUCAAAUUUUUAAUAAAGUUACUGAACCAACUUGUAUACCCAUUUCUACACCAAAUACUAGAAAUUCCGCAUCCAUUUCUCAUGCUCCUCUUCUUCAUUCUUCUCCUUCUCCGAUAACAAAUACUUUAUCGGAAAAUCCUCAAAUCAGACAACGUAAUGUUACUACGAUUACUACUGCUACUACUACUAAUACCACUAUCACAAUUGAUAGCAAUAUUAUACCAGGUGCUACUGGUUCAAAGGUGCUCAGAUCAAAAUCACAUCGUCUAUCAGUGGUUAAAAAAUCUCAUCCAUGGAUGCGUUAUACAUUUUGUUCACUGACAGUAUUUUUGAUUUAUUGGCUUUUUAAUGGUUUUCUAUUGGGUCUAACUGUUGGUUGUAUACUAACAUAUACAUUCAUUACAGUGUAUAAUUAUUUGCAUAGUCGUACAAACUAUUCUAAUCAAAUUCUCUGUCCAAUAUCAGGAUUGCCAUUAGAUCACUUAUGCUGUUCACUGCAUUAUCGACAAGAACAAGAGGGCCAGUAUCAAGGUUCACAAUGGUGGCCAAUCUAUUCACCUGCUAUGCCAAAUUUAACUUCUAUUUUAACUAACAACGCGAACAGUACUAAUAAAUGUAUGCAGUUAAGAAAUUUGCCUAAUUUCACUGUACCAAAUAUGCUUGAAGAAGAUGUUAGCAAAUCAACUAUCUCAGGUCCAUUGGGAAAUAGUUUAGGUUUUAAAUAUGACAAUAAUGGACGGCCCGUAUACAAAGGAUGGUUAAAUGAGAUUAUUCAUUAUGAUCCUGAAACUCAUCAUAUUGGCAAAACAUUUUCUGUCUUCCUCACGCUUGAUGGUACACAAUUACGCCUACAACGCCCAGAACAUAAUAUUACUCGUAGAUCUUUAUGGAAUGAUGAAAUCCCAUCAACUACAACUAUGCGAUUCAAACAACAGCAUAUUUAUGAUUUAACUAAUGCAACUGUUACACUCCUUCCAUGUGGCUUAGUCGGCAAACGUCUAUGGAGUAGAAAAUAUCCUAUUUGUAUCACCGUCUACACUGAAGGUAGAUUCAAGCGCAAAAAUGAAAGACUUGAUUCACUACCAUCAUCGACGAGCUUUCCAAAUAUCAUAUUAUCUACUAGCUCUAAUAUAGCAGUGAAUGAAUCCUCUGACUUGACCAUGGAUACCUCUAUUCCCUCAGCUGGAGAUAUGGAGUUCCCUGAUGAUACUAGUAUCAAUGUAUUGCAAACUUCAAGCAAAUCAAAUAUGAAAAAUUUAUAUUUGUUUGGAAGAACAUGUCGCGAAAAAGAAACAUGGUACCGUAGACUGAAAGCUGCCUCAUUGGGCACACCUCUUAUAUGGACACCUCAGAUGGCUGUACAACAUUAUCUUUUGGCAUCAGAUAUUAAUAAUAGUAAUAAUAACGUUGGUUUACCGGAUUAUUUAAGUGGUACUGCCACAGCAGCUUCUAAUAUCAUUUCUAAUCACAACGACAGCACAUUGAGUGACGAUGAGAGUCAACCUGAUGGAAAUACAUUAUCGAAUCUGACAACAUGUUCUGAUUCAGCUGCCAGUAUCGCUAAUACUGAUGUUGUUACCACUAUUACUACUACUAUUAGUAGUAAUAAUAGCAAUAGUACUCCCACUGGUUUAAGCAGUACAACCAAUACUAAUAGCACUUAUUCAUCCAGCAUAAAUCUUUCAAAUUAUGGCGCUUCAAUACCUGGGAAUCGUGAACCAGUCUAUGUUUCAUAUGUCCGAUAUAUGGCUAAAUUUAUGCCCGCCAAUUGGCUUGUACGAAGUGCACAAGCAUUAAAAUUAAAUGUUAAUCAAAUUAAUUGUGAUACAAAUAUGAUAUGGCUUAAUGCAUUAAUUGGUCGUUUGCUAUGGGAUUUUCUUCGUGAACCUUAUUGGUUAGAAAAGAUAAAAAAUAAGAUUCAAGCAAAGUUGAAAAAAAUACAUCUUCCAAAUUUUAUCAAUGAACUCACUGUCGUUGAUAUUGAUUUGGGCUCAGAAAUACCUGUACUAAGACGUAUCGGAUGUCCUUAUCUGGAUGCACAUGGUCUAUGGAUUGAAGUGGAUGUUGGUUAUGCUGGAGGGUUCUCAUUUGCUUUGGAAACAAGUGUUAAUUUGAUGCGGUGGAAUCAAAAACUUCGUGAAGAAAAAGAUAUUACCUAUUCAUCAGAUAAUUUUGCUCAAAACUCACUAUCCAAUGAAUCUCUACCGAAAGUUCAUUCUCGUUCAAUAACAAAAAUGGCCGCUUACCUAUCUGAUGAAGAGGACAGUGCUGAUUCAACAACUGACUCUGAAUUAGAUGAAACAACUAAUAUUAGUCAAAAUUCCAGUCCAAUAAAUAGUUUACGACCUGGGCGUAACUUACCAUCCACAGGACUAAUCAUAGGUGGAAUGAAAUCCGGUGAUAAUGAACGUGUAAACCCUGAAGACAACAGUCCAGUAAAUUUACAGCCUGUCUUACCGUCUCGUCGAAGGAUUAUACGUAUUGUCGAUCGCAUCACCAAAUCCUCAUAUUUUCAAAGAGCCGUUGAUACAAAACUAGUUCAGCGUGGUAUGGAACGUUUGUCAAACACACCAAUUGUAUUACAAGUUGAGAUACAAAUGUUAAGUGGUACGCUUUUAGUCAAUAUCCCUCCACCGCCCAGUGAUCGUCUGUGGUAUGGUUUUCGUCCUGUACCUAAUAUACGACUUAAAGCACGUCCUCGUGUUGGAGAAAAAGUUGUUACAAUGUCACGUAUAUUGGAAUGGAUUGAAAAAAAAAUGAUUCUUGAAUUCCAGCAUUUAGUUGUUUUGCCGAAUAUGGAUGAUUUGAAAGUUGGGCUACUUUUAUCCGAUGCUACAUCAGCAACAUAAAUAAUCUGACACCAAUUAUAUUCAAUGAUAUCAAAACGGCUGAAGGAUUAGCUUUUAAUGAUCCCUAAUCACUAUUACAAAGGGCUACGAUGAAAACUGAUGUAAUCUUAUCAUUAUCAUUCCUUGUCUUUUGCUUUUUCUGUUGCAUACUUUGUCAGUAUACUGUAUUUUAUACAAAUGUAUUCAUGCUAUCUUAUAUAUUUUAGCUUAUUAAAUUCAAAUUAAUCUAAACGUGAUUUCUUUUUGUCAUAUUUUCUAUCCUCUCAUUUUUUCGUAAAUGUUCACAUUUAUUUGUCGCAGUGAAUAUGUAAUGAAGCAUACAUAACCAAUAAUUUCUAUUGGGAACAAUUUAGUGUUGCCUAUUUUUGAUAUUUUGGGCAAUUCUAACUGUAAUCAGCAGUUGAUUUCCGUUUUAUACAAUUUUUGCGUUGUAUCGAAAACUG